AUGGUGGCGAAUCCCGAGGAACAUCCUCAUGGCUCAACUCGGUCACGGUCAACGUCGCUUUCUAGCUCGGAUUCCGACUCGAGAGAGUCGAGGUCCGAAUUUAGACAGGCACACCGGAGAGGGUCUGCUCACACGAGGUCGAGAUCACGCUCUGUGCGGAGUACCCGGCGCAUUGACCGGAUCUAUUCGGGUCGACAUAUAGACGAUCAGUCGGUCUAUCACAGUGAUGAGGACCCUGAGGAUUCGGAGGACGCCGAUGACGCGAGGAGGGUCGACUCGGCUCUCGAAGUUCGAGGAGGAAUUGUGAAUGAGCGAGAUUAUGAUCUGGAGCGAAAUACCCAGCCUGCUGCUGGUUUGGAGAAGUCGAAGACGGCGAGGUCUGAUAGAUCCCGGGAUCCAACGCUGGUUACGUGGGAUGGCCCUGAUGACCCGGAAAAUCCAAAGAAUUGGCCUGCGAAGAAGAAAUGGGCGGCGGUGGUUACCGUCUCUUUCUUCACGUUUAUCUCACCAGUGGCGUCAUCUAUGGUAGCUCCGGCGCUGCAGUCCAUUCGAUCGGAUUUCGAUAUCGAGGAUGAGGUUAUCUCGCAGCUUACGCUCUCUGUUUUCGUCCUGGCCUAUGCCGUCGGCCCGCUCUUUCUCGGUCCCUUCUCCGAAAUCUACGGCCGAGUUAUCGUUCUGCAGGUUGCCAACCUGUUCUUUCUCGUCUUCAAUAUCGCCUGCGGUGUCGCCCAGACCAAGGUACAGAUGAUCGUGUUCCGAUUCCUAGCUGGCCUAGGCGGCAGUGCUCCAUUAGCCGUCGGCGGCGGCGUCCUCUCCGACUGCUUCGUCCCCGAAGAACGAGGCAAAAGCAUCGCCAUCUACAGCCUCGCGCCCCUCCUCGGUCCCGCCGUGGGCCCCAUCGCGGGCGGGUUCAUCGCCGAAAACACCACCUGGCGCUGGGUCUUCUACUCGACCUCGAUCGCCGACGGGGUCAUCCAACUCGCCGGCCUCUUCUUCCUCCGCGAGACCUACGGCCCCAAGAUCCUGCGCGCCCGCGCCCACCACCUCCGCAAAGAAACCAACAACCCAUCCUUCCAAACCGACGCCGAGCGCCAGAACAAGACCCUCCCCCAGGUCCUCCGCACCGCGCUCGUCCGCCCCUUCCGUCUCCUCGCCACCCAGCCCAUCGUCCAGGCCCUCGCCAUCUACAUGGCCUACAUCUACGGCAUCAUGUAUCUCGUGCUCUCGACCUUCCCAGCCCUCUGGACCAGCCCGUCCUACUACGCCGAAUCCACCGGAAUCGGCGGCCUCAACUACAUCUCCCUCGGGCUCGGCUUCUGGCUGGGGUCUCAGAUCUGCGCCCCCCUCAACGACCGCAUCUAUCGCCACCUGAAAGCCCGCAACAACGGCAUCGGCCGCCCCGAGUUCCGCGUCCCCCUCCUCCCCUUCGCCGCCCUCUUCACCCCCGCCGGCCUCUUCAUCUACGGCUGGACAGCACAGUACCGCACGCACUGGAUCGCGCCUAAUAUCGGGGCGUGUCUGUUCGGGAUGGGCAAUAUCGUCACGUACCAGUGCAUCCAGACGUAUAUGGUGGAUGCGUAUACGCGGUUCGCGGCGAGUGCGUUGGCCGCGGCGGCGUUUUUGCGGUCCCUCGCGGGCUUCGGGUUUCCGCUUUUUGCGCCCUACAUGUAUGAAGGGUUGAAGUAUGGGUGGGGGAAUAGUUUGCUGGCGUUUGUGUCUCUGGCGUUGGGGAUUCCGGCGCCGAUAUUCUUGUGGAAGUAUGGUGAGAAGUUGAGGAAGUUGAGUCCGUAUGCUGCUGGGUAG